CCUCCUCCUCUCAGGCUGUGGUUUUUCUGUAUAUGUUUCUGGAGUCCUGAGCCUGAGCUAAACAAAAGCAGGAGGCUGACGGGGCUGCUGGAGUUUGCAGAGACACGGUGGAGGAGAGAGCCUGUGCUCUGCCUUGCCGCCGCGGCUGGGGGAGAUCUGGCUUUUGCAACAGCCCACCCCCUUUGAGAUCACUCUGGCCCGGAGUGGGGGUGGGGGGCAGCGGGGGGUGGGGGGGAAAGUUUGCAUUGCAAUCCCCCUGCCUUCCUCUCCUUUCUCCCGAUCAAUGCAUAUUUGCAAAAGGAUUAAGCCACAGAUAUAAGCGCCGGGAGCCCAUUUCUGCCUUGCAAAGGAUACCGGACUGAAAAACCAAAAGCCAGCUCUGAUUUCUUUUCGUCAAGUGGGAAGGUGGUUUAUUUUUCUUGCUUUUUGGAGUCAACAGCCUUCCCCACCAGCCCUUAUCCCCACCCUCACCCCGCAACCCCUUCACGCCCCCCUCCCCCUCCCCACUCCCCAUCCUCCCACCAUCCUCUAAAGAGGCAAAGGGAUUUUUUUUUUUUUUUCUUUUGGUCUUCUUUUUUACCCCCUUCCCUGUUUAUCCUGAAAAGGAUUUGAAGACAGCUUGAAGGAUAAAAAGCCUUGGUGCUUCCCAGGAGCCGAGCCGAGGAGCAGAAGAGGAAGAGCCGGGGGCUGCCGUUGCCUUUGGAGAUGGACGAGCAGCCCAGGCUGAUGCAUUCCCAUGCUGGGGUCGGGAUGGCCGGACACCCCGGCCUGUCCCAGCACUUGCAGGAUGGGGCCGGAGGGACCGAGGGGGAGGGCGGGAGGAAGCAGGACAUUGGAGACAUUUUACAGCAAAUUAUGACCAUCACAGACCAGAGUUUGGAUGAGGCGCAGGCCAGAAAACAUGCUUUAAACUGCCACAGAAUGAAGCCUGCCUUGUUUAAUGUGUUGUGUGAAAUCAAAGAAAAAACAGUUUUGAGUAUCCGGGGAGCGCAGGAAGAGGAGCCAACAGACCCACAGCUGAUGCGACUGGACAACAUGCUGCUGGCGGAGGGCGUGGCCGGGCCGGAGAAGGGUGGCGGCUCGGCCGCGGCGGCUGCGGCGGCGGCAGCUUCUGGAGGCGCCGGUUCCGACAACUCGGUGGAGCAUUCUGAUUACAGAGCCAAACUCUCACAGAUCAGACAAAUCUACCACACGGAGCUGGAGAAAUACGAGCAGGCAUGUAAUGAGUUCACCACCCACGUGAUGAAUCUCCUGCGAGAGCAAAGCCGGACCAGGCCCAUCUCCCCGAAGGAGAUCGAGCGGAUGGUCAGUAUCAUCCACCGCAAGUUCAGCUCCAUCCAGAUGCAGCUCAAGCAGAGCACGUGUGAGGCCGUCAUGAUCCUGCGUUCCCGGUUUCUGGAUGCGCGGCGGAAGAGACGGAAUUUCAACAAGCAAGCGACGGAAAUCCUGAAUGAAUAUUUCUAUUCCCAUCUCAGCAACCCCUACCCCAGUGAGGAAGCCAAAGAGGAGUUAGCCAAGAAGUGUGGCAUCACAGUGUCCCAGGUAUCAAACUGGUUUGGAAAUAAACGAAUCCGGUACAAGAAGAACAUAGGUAAAUUUCAAGAGGAAGCCAAUAUUUAUGCUGCCAAAACAGCUGUCACUGCUACCAAUGUGUCAGCCCAUGGAAGCCAAGCUAACUCACCGUCAACUCCCAAUUCAGCUGGUUCUUCCAGUUCUUUUAACAUGUCAAACUCUGGAGAUUUGUUCAUGAGCGUGCAGUCACUCAAUGGGGAUUCUUACCAAGGGGCCCAGGUUGGAGCCAACGUGCAAUCACAGGUGGAUACCCUUCGCCAUGUUAUCAGCCAGACAGGAGGAUACAGUGACGGACUCGCAGCCAGUCAGAUGUACAGUCCGCAGGGCAUCAGUGAAAUUGCAAGAACCUACUAAGGGCUGGGAUGUCCUGGUGCUGACAACUACUUCUCUUCUCUUGACUGAAGAAAUGUCUUCCUCUACCUGAAUAGUGGUCUGUCUUCCAGAAUGACACAUACUGACUUUUGAAGGAGUAAGAGGAUACCUCCUGGCCAGUCACAUCGGCCCAAACAACUAUGGUGAGCAGUGGGCCGGCACAUGUUGCAACCAGAUGACUGUUGCAUCAGCAGAAUCCCAAAGCAAUAAUCACUCUUCUUUCUCUUCCCCACUAAUCCAGCAAUCAAAUAAUCACUUAUAAGCAUUCACUAUGUACCACCAUAUAAUAGAAAAUGUGGUGAGUACCUACAUAUAUGACAACCUCUCAACCCUCAAUAAAAUUAUAGUACCUUAAGAAAGCAAGAGUUGUGCAUGUGAAAAUACAACUAAUUACAUAGGGAAGAAGACAAUGAACACCUUUAGAGCAUCUCCUGUAUUCCAUUCACUGUGCAAGGUGCUGUAUAAAUACUAUUUUAUCUAAUCCCUACCACAUCCCUGAGACACAUUUCUAUCCUUGUUCCAUGGAUGAUGAUACUGGGAGUCAGAGAUGCUUAAUAACUUGCCCAAGAUCACAUAGUGAGAAAAGUGUGAAGCCUGUUUUCAAGUUUAGAAGGAUCUAACUUUAUGGGCUAUGCCUCGUUACCCACUGCCAAUGAGAGGAAUCAGAGCUAGACAUCGUUUAUGCUGUUGGGUCAAGACAAGACUCUUUAAAAUACCUCCCAGUAAAAUACAUUGAUAAAGUUUUACCAAGUUCAUUCAUUGGUUUGGGAGAGAUUUCUAGCCAGAGAAUAAAUGUUUGGAUUCUGGAGGCAGGGAUGGUGCAUUUGAAAUGACAGCCCUCUGGUCUCAGCUCUGCCAUUAUCUACAAGUGUUUAUCUGAGCAAGUUGCUUCCCUCUUGUAGGCCUUUGGGUCACCAUCUGUAACAUAGAGCAUUUCUGGUUUGUCUAAGGUCACUUACACUCUGUCACUGGGCGGGUAUAUAAUGUACCAGCUCUCAUGUCAAGUAGCCUUGAGUUUGAAUUCUGGCUCCAUCCUCAAGUAGUGGCUGUUGGGCAAGUCAUUUAACCAUCUGUAAAAUGGAGAUAAUAAUACCUACCUCAGGGUCUUUGCCCAUAUUGUUUGUUCUCCUUGGAACGGUCUUCCCCAGUUAUCACAAGGGUCGUUCUAUUACCUCCUCCAGGUCUUCACUCAGUUACGUUUUUAGUGAGACUUUUCUUGAACAUGAUCUCUGAAUUGCAAACCAUGUGUCAUUUCCUGUCUUCUUUCCUCAUUUUAUUAUACUCCUUAACACUCAACACCUAACAUACUAUAUAUAGCACUUAAUUAUCUUAUUUAUUGCCUGUUUCCCACCUCUAGAAUGUAAGCUCUAUAAGGGCAGGGUU